UGUCUGACCCAGCUUGUUCCUUUGUUUCUAACCACGGGAUGCAUUCAGAAAAUAUCCAUUGCUAUUUAAACAUGGUAUUUUAAUUGUUUUACUCGAACGAAGAUAAAGGAAGAAGACGGAUAAAUAUGCAUUGGACGCGCCCUGUGCUUUUUUCCCUGCUGCUUUGUUACGGGGAGCGGGUUUCAGCCCAGCUGAAAUACUCCACUCCAGAAGAGUUUAAGGUGGGAUCUGUUGUUGGGAAUGUUGCAAAAGAUUUGGGCCUCGAUGUCGGCACGUUGACGAGCAGGAGGUUUCGCAUUGUGUCCGGCGCACAGGACGCGCUGUUUGAGGUAAACCCGAACAAUGGGCUUCUUUUGGUGCACAAACGCCUCGAUCGCGAGCAGCUGUGCGACAGGAACGCUGUCUGUGUGAUGGAUCUCAAAAUUGUUGUUGAGAACCCGCUGGAAAUACACUAUAUCUCCGUGGAGGUGACUGAUGCAAACGACCACGCACCCAGCUUUGCAGAAAAGGAGAAAAUCAUAGAAAUAGCAGAAAAUACUUUAUCCGGUGCACGGUUCCAAUUACCAGGCGCAAGAGACCCAGAUGUUGGAAUUAAUUCAGUCCAACGAUAUAAACUAAGUCAGAAUGACCAUUUUCAACUUGAAAUUCGGGAUAGGGGGGAAGAUAAAAUCCCCUUUUUAGUGUUACAAAGGCAGCUAGACAGGGAACAGAAAAUUAACCAUAGCCUAGUUUUGUCUGCUAUAGAUGGAGGGACACCAUCAAAAUCUGCACACCUUAAUGUGACUAUACAUGUUCUCGAUAUCAAUGAUAAUCGACCCAUUUUCUUGAAAGAGGUUUAUUCUGUUGAAUUGCAAGAAAAUGCUGCGUUAGGUACGACUAUAAUAAAAGUGCAAGCCACUGACCUGGAUGAGGGAGCAAAUGGGGAGGUGGAAUAUGAAUUUGGGGAGGACAUGAGUACAGAGGUGAGGCGUCUUUUCAGUCUGGAUAAAAAGUCGGGUGAAAUUCGAGUUGAUGGGCAAAUUGACUUUGAGACAAACAAUGUUUUCAAGUUAGAUGUGCAGGCCUCUGACAAAGGUCAGCCUCCCAUGACAACAGAUUGCAGAGUCAUCAUAAAGAUUCAAGAUGUCAACGAUAAUAAACCUGAGAUCGAAGUGACAUCAAUUACUAGCAUGGUCCCUGAGGAUGCAAAACACGGGACUGUGAUUUCGCUCAUAAGUAUCACUGAUAUUGAUUCCGGCCCGAAUGGUAAAGUUAUCUGCAGUCUGACAGAAAAUGUCCCACUUGAAUUGAAGCCGUCAUUCAAGGAAAAUAUGUAUUCCUUAGUAACAAAAGACAGUUUAGACAGAGAAACAAAAUCAAAAUAUGACAUUUCAAUCACAGCCACAGACUGUGGUGAACCCCCCCUUUCCUCACUCAAAACUAUAAGCAUCCAAGUCAAAGAUGUAAAUGAUAACAUCCCAGAAUUCCCACAAAAUCCUUUGGAGUUAUAUCUGACGGAAAACAACGAACCGGGCGCUUCUGUCUUUUCAGUCAGUGCCUUUGAUAAAGACUUAGACGAUAAUGCUGCGGUGUCUUAUCAUAUGGUAAGACAGGGUGGCCAUACUGACAUCACAUCUUUUCUAAGCAUUAACUCUGAAAAUGGACACAUUUCAGCUCUGAAAAGUUUUGACUUUGAGACGCUGAAAAGUUUCCAGUUCCAAGUGGUGGCCAGGGAUGGUGGGAGUCCUCCCCUGAGCAGCAACAUGACAGUGAAGGUGUUCAUUCUGGAUCAGAACGACAACACUCCAGUAAUCCUGUAUCCGGUCAGCUCCAACGGUUCCGCCCAAGGGGUGGAGGAGAUUCCCCGCAACAUCAAAGCAGGAGACUUGGUGACCAAAGUCCGAGCCUACGACGCCGACAUCGGCUAUAACGGCUGGUUGCUCUUUUCGCUGCAGCGAGUCAGCGACCACAGUCUGUUUUCUUUGGACCGCUACACGGGCCAGAUCAGAACACUUCGCUCAUUGACGGAGACGGACGAGGCCGAGCACCGCCUGCUCAUCCUGGUCAAAGACAACGGCAACGUGUCGCUCUCUGCGACGGCUACGGUGACCGUCAAACUCGUGGAGCCCAAAGAGGCUUUUGCGGCUUCCGACGUGAAAAGUGCGGCCACGGUGGACGAGGAGGACAAUGUGACUUUUUACCUCAUGAUCACUUUGGGCUCAGUGUCGCUCCUUUUUGUCGUCAGCAUCGUGGUGCUGAUAGCCAUGCAGUGCUCCAAAUCCAGCGAGUACACUUCCAAAUAUCUGCAAGAAACCAAUUAUGAUGGCACGCUGUGUCACAGCAUCCAGUAUAGAUCAGGAGACAAACGCUACAUGUUAGUUGGACCCCGAAUGAGUAUCGGCUCCACCAUUGUCCCGGGCAGCCACGCCAACACACUGGUGCUCCCUGACAGGAGACACACUUCCGGCGAGGUAAGACAACAAACAAAUUUCUUUCUUUCUACUUUUGUUUUUUGUUUUAUUUGA